AUGGAAGAAAGAUAUUCAGCUACAAUGAUAUUAUCAGCAGUUGGUGAUGCUAUUGGUUAUAAAAAUGGUAUUUGGGAGUUUGAAAGAAACCCAAAUGCAAUUUAUAAACAAUAUUGUGAUAUUGGUAUGGUUGAUGGUAUAAAAGUAAACCCAAGAGAAUGGAGAGUUUCAGAUGAUACUAUAAUGCAUAUUGCAACAGCAGUUGCUAUUUCACGUCCAACCAAAAAACCAUUACAAGGUGAUGAAUUAUUUAAUCGUAAUUGUGAAAAGAUUGCAAAGAAAUAUAUUAAAUGUAUGGAGACUAUGGCUGGAAGAGCACCAGGAAGACAAACAAUAAUGUCAGUAUCAUUAAUGACACCAGGAAUGAGAAAGACAAAGUUAAAUUGGAAUGAAAUACCAUAUGCACCAAGUGGAGGAGGAUGUGGAGGAUCAAUGAGAUCAAUGUGUAUUGGAUUGAAAUACUAUUCGCCCGAAGCAGAAGACGAAUUGAUUCGUUAUGCCAUUGAAAGUGGUAGAAUUACACACAAUCAUCCAGUUGGAUUCCUUGGUGCUUUAGUAUCAUCACUCUUUACAGCCUAUGCCAUUCGUGGUAUUCCAGCUAGAGAAUGGGGUACUCGUUUCUAUGAUCAAGUCCUCCCAAAGGCAAAAGAGUAUCUCACCAAUAGUCAAUCACAACCAAAUCGUACCAUGGCACAAUACGAAAAGGGGAUCAAUUAUUUUGAAAAUGCUUGGAAGUCUUAUUUGGAACUUCGUUCUAUUCCACUCAAAGUUGAAUCUAUUGGUUCGGACUAUCCAAAGUUUCCAGCCAAAUAUGAAAACAUUGAAAGAGACAACUUUUAUCAUAGCAUUUCAUUUGAUGGUUGGGGUGGUAGUUCUGGACACGAUAGCGUUCUCAUUGCCUAUGAUGCUCUAUUGGGAUCUGGUAACAAUUGGAAGGAAAUGAUUGAAAGAUCUGCUAUCCACGGUGGUGAUAGUGAUAGUACCGCAGCCAUUGGUUGUGCUUGGUGGGGUGCAAUCCAUGGAUUUGAAGGUGUCCCAGAUCAAAAUACAAAAUCAAUUGAAUUUGGUAGAGAAUUAUUUAAUUUAGCAAAAGAAAUUUAUAAUCUUAGAAAAUAA